UUUUACAACGUUGAUGCAACGAAGAAGAAUUUCAGCAGGAUGUAGAGCAGCUGUUAUUCACUAUCAUUGUUGUGGACUUUUCGUCUGGACCAAAUAUGGAGAGUCCGGAGUUAACAUUUACUUUAGCCUACACCGUUUUCUCCCUCUGUUUCGUAUUAACGCCCAACGAGUUCCGUUCGGCAGGUUUGACUAUCCAGAACCUUUUUUCUUCCUGGCUGGGAAGCGAGGACUUGGGCUUCAUCCAGUAUCACGUCAGGAGGAGCAGCAUCACCCUGCUGGUCCACUCAGCACUGCCACUCGGUUACUACAUGGGCAUGUGUAUCGCUGCUCCAGAGAAACACCCGACGUAUGUACACCAGGUGAGUGACGGCUGGAGAGUGUUUCUAAGUCUCUCAGUGUGCCUGCUGCUGGGAAGCUGGAUGCUCAUUAUCUACUGGUCCCGCCAUCACUGGUCCAACCAUCCGAUGAGUAGAGCUCUUCAGGCCCAUGUCCGGCCUCCUCACACUCACUGGGGCUCGGUGGCCAGCAGCAUCAACACAGAAUUCAGACACAUUGAUAAGUUUGUUACAGGGGCACCUGGAGCCCGAGUUAUUGUCACAGACAGCUGGGUGUUAAAGGUGACCACCUAUCACGUAUACAUGGCUGCACAGCGCGACUGUCAUGUCAGUGUGACCCACUCCACCCACCACCAGCUGAGCCCCGAGUCCAACUCUCCCUUACAGCUGCUCACCUUGAGAGUGCACAGCAUCAAUCCUGCAGUUCAACCCUUCAAUAUCAGGUUGAACUCUACAGAGUAUGCAGAGCUCAGGGAGAAGCUGCAUGCUCCCAUCAGGAACUCAGCCAAUGUAGUCAUUCAUCAGACCAUUAGUGAACUUUUCCUUGAAACAUUCCGAGCUCAGGUGGAGCUCAAUCAACUCUACCUGCUGCCCAGUGGACAAGAGGUGGAGCUCUGUAUUGGCUGCAUGCAGGUUCCUGCAAACACCAAGCUAGUCAGACUCUGCUGCCGAGACGGAGCUGACACAGAGUCGGAGUGCGAGCAGUGUUUCUGCAGACCCAUGUGGUGUUUGUCCUGUUUGGGUCGGUGGUUUGCCAGCCGCCAAGACCAGCAAAGACCUGAGACCUGGUUGUCCAGCAUAGUCCCCUGCCCUACAUGUCGAGCCAAAUUCUGUAUACUGGAUGUGUGUGUGGUCCACUGAUAUACACACACUCACACACACAAACACACAUACCGUAUUUCCUGCACGAUAAGGCGCACCGGAUUAUAAAUUACAGUCACAAUUACAAGGUUUAUUUCUGUGCUUAACACAUACAUUAAAGGCAUGCAAAAAACAUGCGUUCUACAAAAAAAAAAAAAAACAGAACAGAACUUGAAAGAGUUUAACUUUAUCCUACUAUUUGACAAUAAGCUCGUCUGAUUUUUUCUCAUCUUCUGUAUCUGAAUUGAACAGCUGGGCAAUGUCGCCAUCAAAAACACGCCGGGUUCCCUCUCAUCAUUGUUGGAGUCAGUCUCGUUGUCAAUGAUGCUCUGACAACAGUUAAAGUAGAUUCGUUAGCCCAAGCAUCUGCUGUCCACACAUGGUGGCUUACAGUGCUGCCUCCGUGUUCGCCGUCCUUCGUCUUUCAUCCUUCUGCUUGCAAUAUCACUUUUACACCACAACGCCCUAUUACACCAAUGGAAAA